AUGGAGUUCAUUGAAGGAGGAACAAAAGGAACUGGGGGAACAGGGGGCACAGGAGGAACAGGGGAACACAGAAACAGGAGGAAGAGGUGGAAUAGGAGGAACAGAGAUAGAGGAGGAACAAGUAGAACAGGAGGAACAGAAGAAUCAUGGGAACAGUUAAAAACAGGGGGAACAGGAAAAACAGGUGGAACAGAUGGAACAGGAGGAACAGGAGGAACAACAGUAAUAGGAGGAACAAGUGAAACAGAAGGAACAGGAGAAACAGGAGGAAAAGGAGAAAAGGAGGAACAGAAGGAGCAAAUGGAACAGGAGGCACAGAAGAAACUGGAGGAACAGGAGGAACAGGAAGAAAAGGAUAAAAAGGGAGGAACAGGAGGAACAGAACAAAUAGAAGGAGGAGCAAUAGAGGAACAGGAUUCAGGAGGAACAAAAAGGAUAGAUAUAGAUAAUAGAUAA